UGCGCAUUUCGUUGUGAAUGGUUUCAGCUUUAGUUUACAUUUCAAUCAUGAAGGAGUUCGACAAUCCUAAGUUUAGCGUUGAGAAAUAUACCAAAGACCUGACGCGAGAAUGCGUGGGCGGCACCGAUUUGCAGCAGCGAAAAAAGGAAAUCGAGGCUUACAACGAAACUACGGCCGCAACUCUCAAGCAAACAUGCAAAAAAAACUAUAUGGAGUUUAUUCAGACGGCGAAGGAGAUAUCGCAUCUCGAGUCGGAAAUGUACCAAUUGUCGCACAUCUUGAUCGAACAGCGUAACAUCUUGGCCACCAUGACGGAUGGAAAGACGUCAUCUCGUCUAAAGCAGGAAAGUUUGGAGGUGGAGAGCUCGACGGCGGCGGAGGAUGUGGAAAAUAGCCAUGCCACAAGAGCUGUCAAGGAAAUGGUGCAGGGAUUCAAUGGCAAUCUCGAGGGCAAGACCUUUCUCAACGAGGGAGCCCUAAUCGAAUUGGAUACCAAUGACUACCGGCCCAUUCAGCGUGUUUUCUUUUUCCUAUUUAAUGAUGUGCUGAUUGUGUGCAAAGUGAAGCAUGAUAAUAUGUUUAUGUCUGACAGGCGCUUGGACUUCCUCACCGAGUAUGAUCCCAAGAAAAUAGCCGUCAUCAACAUCAAAGACUUGGAUGGCGUCAAAAAUGCCAUUAAUAUUAUCACCCCGGAUGGAUCCAAGAUUUACCAAAGCAUCACGGCUGCUGGGAAAACUGAGUGGAUUGAAAAACUCGAAGAGGCCUUUCGCUUUGACCAGCAAAAGAAGCCUAAGAAAGGACAGGCCCCACAGCCUCCAACCAGGGUCAAGCAGCAGUCUAAAACAUCUACACCGGAAAAGGAAACCACUCCUCUGAGUCCCGGAGAGCCUAAGUCUCUAGAGGAUGAGACGCCCGAGUGGCUAAGCACGGCCAGCGAGGAGAUCCAAACAUUGGUGGCGCAACGGCACUUUGAGGAUGCCCAGGAGCUGAUCAAGCGCACCCAGGACUUUAUGCGCAACGAGAACAGAAAGAAGAUCCCACAAGCGGACGCUAUCGAGAGCAAGGUUAAGCAGCAGGAACUGAAGUUGAUCAAUGUCCUGCUGAAAGAGUUGUCGAACAGUCACAACCGCAAUCUGCAAAUUGCCCUGAGGGCUGCAAAGCGACCGUUGAAGAUCCUCGUCGAGAUGGGGCGCUACCGACAGGCAAGUGCCAAUCUGCUAAAGGUUUGCGCCGUUAGUUUGCGAGUGGCACAACGGGAAGCACGCCGAAAUAAUGCUGAUAUAUCGGAGCUGUUCUUCUGUGAUCUAACGCAGGUGGCCUGCGAUUUCCUCACAGCCUUUGAACAGCAACCGGCGUGCGUUAGUGCUCUUGUGGUGUGGUGCAAUGCCGAACUGCAAUAUUUCGCCAGCCAGCUGAUUAAACACUAUCUGACAAAAGGCACCUCUCUGGAGACGGUGGCCAAGUGCGUUGAGCGAGUCCGCAAGCCCUCGACGAAGCUCACGGAGAUUGGUCUAGACAUUAGCUACCACUUGGAGGGAUUGCUGCGCACCACUCUUGAGUCGCUGAUCGAGGAGUCCAAGGAGAGAUUACUGGAUUCUGUGGGACGCACUGAGGAGAGUUGGCAACCAUACAACCUGCAGACUAAGUCGAAUCUGAAGCGACUACUCUUGGAGCUGGAUGUCUUGGGUAUCGAUGUGCGAACCCAGGCUACGGGCGACACUUGGAUGAACCUUACCCAGUCGACGGUGGUCUUUAUCCGGCAUUUUCUGCAGCUCACCGAGCACUGUGGUUGCCUGGCCAAGUGCGAAACCCUGCUGCAGAGUCUGGAACUCCUGCUAAAGGAACUGUUUGUUGCCCAGCAUUCGUUAAAACCACCCAGCGACAUGGCUGUGGAUCCCAACUUUGUUAUGAAGAACAAGAUCUUUUUGGUGGACAACCUGCUGCCCAUUGCCAUUGAAAAGUUCCGUCAGAUUUCUGGUCGCCAAUGCGAAGGAUUACGUGAAUUGCACACGAAAAUGUCUCGCAAGCAAGGUGCUCCUGUGCCGCGCCAGCGAAGCGUCUACACCACAGAUGUAUUUUAAUAGCUAUAUCCUGGAGAUUUACUUUCGAUUACAUAUAAUUUUUUAUUUUUUCGUUUUGCUUCAAUUAUUUAUAAUAUAAUUAUAUACAUAUAUAACCACAAUAAUAAUAAUAUUUGUAAAAUUAAAAAUCGAAGCGUGUGCUGCACUCUAUCUCUUGCUUAUUACAAUUUCGCCGUUCGCAUUAUAUAUAUAAUUGUAAAUAUAUAUAAAUCGAUUCGUUUUCAUAUAUACUCUAAACACUAAACAAUUUAGCUGUGUUCUACUUUUCGGUUUCGGUUGUUGAUGCGGCUUUUGUUGGGUUUAGCUGCUCAAAAUAUAGGAUUUUACAGUUGGUUCUGAAGAGUUUGAUUCACACAAGUAAUUCCACAUUUUCCUCAUUAAAUAUUUUCAAAUUACAUACAAGCAAAAGCCGACUGCUCUGAGCACUAUCUGACCCCCAAUGCGAGUGUUUCAAAAGUUGUUUCCGUGUUUAAUUAAUGUAAAACUCUAAACUAAAAUGCUUACUAAGUAUAUUCAUUUAUAUUUAUAUAUAUAUACCUUCUUUUAUGCAAAUAUGUUUUGUGUAUUUUGUGUGUGUGCGGGGGAGUUGGGGUAAGGAAACUGACAACUUAAAUAUAAUAUUUGUUGUUGCAUUCGCUGCCUGACUCGUCAGCUAAAUUACAAAAACCGUUCACAUAAAACAAACUAAAAGCACUCGCAUCGUAUUUUACUCAUUUGCUCAGCUGGUAAUCAUAAUCUCAACGCUCC